AUGGGCCUAGCUGAGCCGAGAAAGAGGCAAAAACUCUCCAAUGAUCCCCGGAACCUCGCAUGGUCCUCUCAGUCCUCUGCCACGUCCUAUGGCCACCGCCUUAUGACCCAGCAAGGGUGGUCGCAAGGGCAAGCACUCGGCAAGCGCACCACAACCUCCCGAUUCGGUGCUCCUAGCGAUGCCGAACGCCUUGCGGCCGCCCAAGUUGGAGUGCUCUUCAAAGAUGACAAUUUAGGCCUGGGCGCAAAGAGGAAAAGCGGGAAGGAAACCGUCGAGGACCAGAAGGUCGGAUUGGAUGCUUUUCAGGGCCUGUUAGGGCGACUGAAUGGGAAGAGCGAGGAGGUGCUCAAACGAGAGGAGAAGAAGAUUGAGGACAGAAAGUUGGAAAUGUAUGCUCGCGGAAGAUGGGGUGGCAUGAUUUUUGUGAAGGGCGGGGUUUUAGUCGGGACUAUUGACGAGAAGCGGCGAGUGGAAGACAUCGCAGAGAGCUCUCCUUUGCUGGAGGAUAAUAAAUCUGCGGCUGAGUCAUUAUCGCAAGAUCGAGAAAAAGCUACAAGCGAAGAGCGUGAAGAGCGACAGCAAUUGAAAGAAGAGAAAAGACGGCGGAAAGAGGAGAGGAGGAUACGGAGAGAAGAAAAGGCUCGGAGAAGAGCUGCAAAGAAAGCCAGAGACGACGGUCAAAUCCCUCCAGUCCACAAGUCUCCUCUGACUCAACCGCCUGAUGAACCCAUGUCAUCUGCUGCGUCAAACGACGAAACCGAGAAGCCCCAAAGGCCAAACCAGAGCAAUGGGAGACGAAAGCACGAGUCUUCGAAACAUAAUGCAGACACCGAAGAGAGGAACUUGUCUGUGUCGACUUUGGUGGCGGUACCCAACAAACAGAGCGUCACGGUAAUGAAAACUGGCCGACACUUGCUUAGAGGGCGGAACAUCCAGGCCAAGAAGAUGGUAAUGGCAGAUAUGAAGGGUCUGGACGAGAUUUUCAUGAGAUGA